AUGCAUCCACGAAAUGUGUAUGCCCAAGAAUAUGUGACCAGGAAUAAUGACGGUGAAGCUCCGACCAAUUGGAACGAUGAGCAUGCGCGUUGUCUUUAUACUCAAAAGCUUCUGUUUCGCGACUUUGGCGUCACAUGCAAAGUCACAGUUGACCGGUUGUGCCCCGCUUUACCGAGCAGGUUGAAUUAUCUGCACUGGAUCGAAGACAUUCUCGAGGCAGCUUGCCCCAGAGCGUCCACGGACAAUAUUGCAACUACCACAUCUCUUCCUGUAUGUGGUCUUGAUAUCGGUACUGGUUAUUUGGCUAUAUAUGCUAUCUUAGCAUGUGUUAUGCAUCGUGAUUGGCGCAUGAUAGGCACGGAUAUAGACGCCAGUGCCCUAGGACACGCCCAGCAUGUGCUGGAUGAUCCAGCAAAUGAAGCUCUUGAUCUCUCUCGGCGUGUAAGGCUUUUACACACACGUCAGGAUACUCUGAUCCCCGCGUCAGAUACGAAUGAUAACUCAUCCAAGGCCGGACACGCCGUUGGGCCGUCGCUUGGUCGUUCCUUGCGCAUAGACUUCCAGACAACAUCGCACGCAAUGUCGGCCCUUCACUUACGGCCUGCAAGCCUCCUUCCUGUACGCGCACGUGGAACAUGA